AAGCGUUGGAUCAGGAUGAAUUGUUAGCUAAUCGAUUGGGAAUGGUUCUUGGGGCUUUUGGAAAUACGCUAUCGCAGAUUUUCUUCGGUACGGACGAGGUACGGUCGGAGGUUACCUUUUGGUGCUCAAAUUCAGAUCACUUAAAUUACAUGCAGGUGUUUGUGAAUGACUUAAAUGUGCAUCACAAAAUAGACGUCGCCAAACCAACCAUGUUUCUCACUCACGGUUGGACGGAUAACGUCAACAGAACUUGGGUGAGAGAAAUCGUCAGCGAUUACAUCCAUCACAAUGGCGGUAACAUUUGUGCAGUAGACUGGAGUCACUUGGCGCUGGUGGAAUACAAUCUGGCGGCCAGAAAUACAUGGAAGGUUGGGCGGUACCUGGCCAAAUUUAUACAGUUCCUACUUGCGGAGGGUCUCACCAUUGAACAGGUUACAUUAGUUGGUCAUAGUAUGGGAGCCCACAUUUCCGGAAUAGCUGGAGCAGCACUGGAAGGCAAGGUACCGAUGAUUAUUGGCUUGGACCCGGCAGGACCGUCGUUCACAAAACCUUCACUCGUGCCCAGUAAGAAGCGGCUGGAUAAGAGCGAUGCAUUGUUUGUGCAGGCUAUUCACACCGACAAAAACAUUAUAGGAACGUCGACUAAUGUCGGACAUCAGGAUUUCUAUACGAACAGCGGUGCCAGUCCACAGCCAGGGUGCGAGUUUCCGCUGGUUAAUAAUGAUACUACAAAGGCGUACCUGCAAUUCAUCUGCAGCCACUUCAAAGCUGUCGAGUACUUUCGAGCCUCGCUAAAUCGGCAGAACAUUUUCCUAGGAACGAAUUGCACCUCCUACUACUACUACCGAAAGGGAGAGUGCGCCAACAAUACGCGUGCCGAGUUUGGACUGUACAACAGUAAACUAGCUUUUGGCCCGCUGUUCAUCUCCAUAGACAAAACCGUGUAUCCGUAUGCUAAGUCAAUAGCUAGAAAUAGAUGAAGGUUCGUUUUUCUACUCCGUAUGUGGAUGGAGAUUUUCGGUGAAUUUCAUUUGUAGAGAAACUUCAUGUUAAUCCCCCAGAGAAGAAAAGCAGCAACUGCAACUAUUAAAAGGCGUUAGAAUGUUGAACCGGUUUGCCUAUGCUUGGCUUUGUUGAACCCGACGGCGAUGAUUUAUUAAUGGAGAAAAUUACUUCCUGCUUCGGAUUUUGUAGCUCUCAGUGGCGUUCCGUUCUGGGACUGACUCUAUAUAGUCUGACGUUAGACAGCGACUACCGCCUUACAUUCCUUUUACCAACGAACGGCAGUGGGAAAAUUGGAGCGGAAGUGUGUUAUCAUGGUCUAUUAUCGUGUUUGGAUGAUGUAAGCCGAGUGUUUGGCCAUUCGAGGACGAAAAGGACACUGAAGAGUGCCUUGUGAAGUGCGUAUAAUUAAUACAGGUUUCCGAAGUGUGGUCUGGAAGAUUAAUGUAUUUACUAGAAAUUUGAGGUGGGAUGAAACAUUUCUUAGGAUAGUUACUUACGAUGGUUUGUGGAUGAAUGUCGGUAGAUGUUUGACACAGUAAAUUAGCUAUUGUUUCUUUGAUUCAGUCAAUAUUUUUCGAUCGUGACGGCCAUAAAUCUUUCCUACCAGACAGUCAUAACAAACGCCUACAUUGUUUUACCUGCUUUCCGAUCAGAAGUGAACUUGCAAGCUCCCUCCCUUAAGCGCUUGCAGAGUAAGGAAAAUGAAAGAAAGCCACCCGCCGGACGAUAAAUCUUGUGCCAAACUAUAAAUAAUAAACAGUUUAUAACUAAAGUUGUUCUUACCGCGUAGUUUAUUUUCGCAAGCGAGAGUUUACCUUUUCAUAGUGGUUCACAUGGCGAACCAAUUUGGCUACUAUCGUGUAAUGCAGAUUUCAGUGUUAACAAAAUUUAAAGAAGCAAAUAUUAAUACAAUGUGGCAUGGAUAAAUGAGAUCAUUUGCUUAGUUAGUUUAAAAUUAAAUUUGAAUCGUAAU